AUGGGUAACGAUGGUGGCAGUAUUCCCACUCGCAGAGAGCUGGUCAAGGAAGCCGCGCGGGCUCCCAGUACGGCGCAAGUGAAGGAAGCGCAACGAGAGCUACAGGAGCACUUCUGGACGACGUGUCCGUUAUCACAUAAGCCCCUGAAUCGGCCAGUUGUAUCGGAUUGCAUCGGAAACCUCUAUAACAAGGACGCCAUCCUGCAGUUUCUCCUCCCCGGCGAGGAUGUCGAGGGAAUCAGCUCCAAGGCGGACUGCGAGGCCGUCCUCUGCGGGCGGGUUAAGGGCUUAAGAGACGUCGUCGAGGUGAAGUUUGAGGUCGACAGCGAGCAUGUGGGCCAGGCGGCAGAUACCAACGGUCGACGGGAAGGCUGGAUCUGCCCGAUCACCGCGAAACAGCUGGGAGCCAACGUCAAGUCCGUUUAUCUCGUCCCUUGUGGCCAUGCGUUCUCGGAAGAGGCGAUCCGACAGCUGAAGGGUGACAAAUGCUUACAGUGCAAUGAGCCAUAUACCGAAGACAACGUGAUUGCCAUCCUCCCGACCAAAGAAACAGACAAGCAGAAACUGCUCGACCGGGCCCAGAAACUCGCCGAACAAAACCUGACACACUCCCUGAAAAAGGCCCCCGGAUCGAAGAAACGCAAGAAGCAGACGAACGGAGAGUCGACUACCGCGACGACGGAGACCUUAAAGGACACCAAAACGACAGGUUCGGGAGGCCGGAGCGGCACCUCAACACCUGCGCCGGGGCCGCCAUCGAAUGGAAUAAAGAACGCCGCGACGGCAAUGCUCACCGCGCGGGUCCUUGAGGAGGAAAACGAGAAGAAGAAACGGCGCAAGAUGGUCGGCGCGAACGAGAACCUGGACAGUCUCUUCACCAAGAAGUCGGGGGAUAAGGCCAAAGCAGACUUUAUGACAAGGGGGUUUACCAUCCCUGCGAAUGCGAGGAGAUAAUCCUAUACUUUUUAUGUUUACUAUUGUAUGAUAUUUCAUGUGUGGCGUUGGAUAGACAGGAGGGUCAAUUGAUAUCCAAUUUUAUACCUAUUGUACAGAAAAAUAUAUCUUAAGACAUGCUAAGAACAAUAAAAAAGAACAGCACCAGAUAUACACAUUUGGGUCGGGAGUUACUCCAUCAACCCUCUGGCACGGAGCUCAGCAUCGAUAAUCUUCUUACGCCCCAGCUCUUCAUCGCGGUGCGCUGCCCGGCGUCUAGUCAGGAAGACCUUGACAUUCGACAGGUCCUGGAGUUCCGCGCUGGCGGCGAGCUGGUGCGCGAGUUUCUUGGGUUUGGGGUUAUUGACGCUGUGGACGUAUUCGAGCGCCUGUUGCACGGU